CACGCGGGAUUCACUUUCAACCGCUCGGACAGGCUCACCUCUGGACUGUCUGUGGUUACCAUUGACAUUCAGUUUAGACUAGUGGCGGGAGGUUCACCUGCAUAAAUACCCAGCGGCUGAAGAGCAGCUGCAAGUCCCAUGCAGCAAAGCAACGGUUCCCAUGACAGCUUAAUUGCCCCGAGUCCAAUUGUCCCAACUGGUCGGCCGAGUUCCCUGAACACCUCCAGAAGCGCCUGCACCAUGUCGUCCCUGGCACACGAACCUCGGCAGUCCCGGGAUACCCUCCAAUCCUCCGAACAUCUCGACCUGCGAGAUGAGAAUGCAACCGAUUUCACCAAGUUUAUCGAAUCGCAAGGCCCCAUCACCGGAUCCACUGGAGCCCGGGAGAUGCUCAAGGCCGGCCAGAGACGGCUUCGACAACUCGCUCAGCGCCCGAAAAAGAGUACUGACCCCAGGUCGAAGGCCGAAGAGUCAGCGCGGCAACUGCUUGCCCUUCAGGAAGGAGGCUUCUUGCCGACGAAUGUUGCUGUUCCUGCUGGCGUACCCUCCAAGCGGUCGACCCACAAGAAAAGCCUGGACUCGAGCCGGUCUUCCUCCCGUUCUAUUUCCAACCUCAGUUUCAUGGCGAACUCUAGACGGGAUGUAGAAAGCAUUGGACAGCCGUGGCUCACGGAUCCACUCGAAAAGAAGGACAGACCGGAGGCUGCGGUGACCAUUCCCCCGCGCUUCGAUGACACGAAUCCCCCGCCGUACCAGCCACCCGUACCGGCGAAGGAUGUCAAAGCGGAUGCACAGCGCGAGAACCAGGACCCUGCGGUUGCUAUUACCGUCGCCGACACCACAUCCGGAUUCAAGGAGAAACAGUCGCUCGGAUUCAGCGACGCGGCGAACCCCAGCAUCCAAGUCGACAGCAGUGAAGAGCAAGGACCCGACACACGGUCUGAGGAUAAUGUGCCAAAAGAUGAAAAGGCAUCAGACAAUGACCAGUCUGGUCUCAAGACAGAUGAAGGCGCAAUGUCGCCAGAUCUCGUGAUCGACUCAGAGGUAGCCAACAAGCCUGCUACGAGCUCGUCUGGUAGCUCUUCAACACCGACAAGCCAAACCACUCCUUCUUUGAAGCUUUUCCCAGACACAAUGCCCCCGCGCAACUCGAGUAAAGGAGCCUGGCGCAUCUCCAAUGCUCGUUCGCUCACUCUCAACAGACCUCUCCCGGCGAGCCCCGAUCCGGAGGAGCAAAGUAGCAUGGACUCGAAUAAAGAAAGUUCUCAAGCGACCGAUAGCACCACAGUCAAAGAAGGCUGUGGUGCUCAGGAGGUAUCUGAGCCGAUACCAUCUACUUCCGCUGACGUUGGGAAAUCGGACAAGGAGCCUUUGGCAAAUGAAAAGAAUUCACCGAAGAAAGGAUCUCGCCGACCUUCGUCCCUGCCAAUGUGCACGAUCGAUGCGUUCCCCUUGCCAGCACCCAUGAGACCCCUGCCUUCUCUUCCAGAAUCAAAUGCAGCGAGUGGUGCUUACAGUCGCAGCGCCUCUAGCAGGUCUGCGCCUCUUGCGAGACUGGUAUUGGACGAGCGGAACCAAGCCUCUAAUGCGCAUGAUGAAUCGGCCAAGGCCACACCGGCUAUGUCCAACUCUCUUCUCUUAGUACGGGCGGGGCUGAGUCGGGCCGAACGAGUUCAUGCAUUGAAGAUGAGAGACAUGUCGGCGAGCCGUCUCUAUCUUAAGGAGUCGGAGACACCUCGUGAGGAGGAAGAGGAGGAUGACCAGCCCCCGCGGAGUGCAAAGGAACCCGAAGAAGCAAUGGCUCAGGAACGUGGGGAGGCAUAUGCCCCUAGGCCUGAGUCUGAAAAGUCGGCGAAUCGCAAUGUGCGCUAUCAGCGAAAAGUCGCUUCGGACCCUCCAUCCCCACCGCCACUCUCCCCUCCCCCCUCGAAGCCGUCAAGACACCAGAUUAGCCAAUCUAUUGGCAGGCGUUACUGCAGCACACCUCUUACAGGUAGUGCAGUAUUGGCGAGAGAUUCUGAGCCGCAGAUGCUCCCUGCCUCCAGGGACGCCCCCGUUCGUCGGAGUAGUAGCACUCGAAGCGUGACCUCUUCGCAUGAGCGAGCGAGAAAGGAACAAGACCCCGUGGGCCGCUCCGACGUUCCCAUUCCAUCAUCCGACGACGAGUGCACCAGCGCAAGCGCGCGCCAGGAUCAAGCCCGUCCAACUUCUAGUCGACGCCGACGGAUGAGACCAGCAACCCUCACCAUGAAUGAGCACCGCUCCCACAAGAUGCGCGCGACAAGGAGGUCUUCCGACUACUGCUUGUCGCCAGGAAGCCACCGAACCCGUGCCUCCGGACGGGCGUCGCCACAGUCCCAUCAUACUCAGAGCUCCUAUUAUUCUCGGGACUCACGAAGCUCCCACCACGACACGAUCAGGGCUCUUGAAGGGCGCAUCGCGCACCUUGAACGACAGAACAAGAUCCUCCAGGCCGCGCUUAUGGCCGCGUUAGACGUGGGCAGUGUAGAAAGCCUGCUUGGGGGAUCUGCUACCUCUCUAUCUACUUUGGCGAACACGCCGGCAACCGGACGGUCUUUUUCGUCUACGAACAGCUCCAGCUUGGACGAGUCGAUGGUGGACGACCGUCGGCGUAGUCGCAGACGGCAGCCACCCUUCCGUCCAACCAGCUGGAUAGCGAGCCCGGUCUCUAGCAGACGGGGCAGCUAUGAUACCGAAGACAGUGAGAAUGUGAGGGAAUUGGAGGAUAUGAUUGAAGAUUUUGAUAUGGAUUGGAUGUCUGAAAGGUCGAAUCCUUCGAGCUUUCAGAUGUCCUGAAGUUGAUGUCAAAUGGCGUAAUGGCGAUUGUUGAUGUUUUUACCACGCUCUUUGAAAUGUUGAUCUUAGGAUGAGGAUUUAUGCGCGUCCCUGGUGGACGGAUUUUGUCUCCGAUGUCAUUCCCUGUUACUUGCAGAUAUUUCCUAUGUUGUUUUGUUGCACGAUACCACUUUGUUUUUAGUUGAUUUACCUUGAAUAUACUACUA